AUGACCUCACGAGCGUCUUACGACACCAUCGACAACUAUCUCGUCAUACCCCAGCCUUACACAUCGUCUUUCCUCGCUCGUCUCAGCACAUUCAUCCUACACGCCCCACUCGACGUCGUAGAGUCUACGCUCCAGUCACCUCCCACGCGUGACGGUGAGCUCGCACACAUCAACCCUAACAGCGACACUCUACGCCCCACGCAAUUCAUGACUACCGUGUGCCAAGGCCUACUCCAAUUCCUCAACAUGGACUUCGACAAAGCUGAUCACGCUAGUUCAGAUACCAUCCCUCUCGCCUUAUGCCUACUGCUCCGCUAUCGUGUAGCGUCUUCUUCCACGUUCCAGCGUGAAGAAGAGCAUCAUGUUACCGACCAGAAAUGA